AAAAGUUUUUUUUGUCUAUGCAGCUAGGCAGAAGACAACUACAGCUUUCCAGAUAGAGCAAACUUACUUUAAAAAAUAUGCAUAUGGAUAUCUUUGAUUUAGGGUGAAAAUAAUGUCCUAGAUUGAGGAAAAGAGGAAGAAGCCUAGGGAAAAAAUCUUUGCGUCUUGAUAUUAAGUGAAUUAGCAGAAUAUUCCAUAAUCCAUUGUUUCUAAAAGUCAACAAAAAUCUUUAUAAGAUCAUAAUUAUGUUGCAUCUUUUAAAAAAAUUAUUGUAAUGUUUUAUUUUUGAAGGAGACAGAGAGAGCAUGAGUGGGGGAGGGGCAGAGAGAGAGAGGGAGACCUAGAAUCCGAAUCAGGCUUCAGGCUCUGAGCUGUCAGCACAGAGCCCGACUUGGAGCUCAAACUCACAAGCUGUGAGAUCAUGACCUGAGCUAAAGUUGGACGCUUAACCGAUGGAUCCACCCAGGCGCCCCAUCUUUCAUCUUUACAAAACUGUGGGGCAAGUUUAUUCAUUUUUUUCAGAAGAGAAAUGUAGAGCAAUAAAGAAAUGAUCAACUAUAAAAUAUCAAGGCAGAUACGUUUUUGUGUCUGUGUGUAUAUGUAUAUAUGCUAUAUAUAUAUAUGCACACACACACAUAUGUACAUACAUACUAUGUUUAUGAAAUGGUCCUUUAGUUAAGAGUUAGAGAAAGUAUGCUUUUUCCCCACAUGACCUAAAUUAUAUCCGUCUCAAAUUUUUUGCUGAGAAAAUAAUAAAAAUUUUAAAUAUUGGUAAUACAUAAUGUUAAUAAUUUUGAUUACUUCUUCUAGUGAUAUUUUAAUGAAAAGAUUUAGGAAAAAUAGACUUAGGCGACAUUCAUUUUACUGCUUUACACACUGAAGGAUGAUAUAUUUAAAACCAAAUAUAUCAGUAUUAUAUUAAAUGUAUAUAGAGUACUCAGAACAAAGACUGUCAUAUUGGAUUAAGAAAAAUGCUGAUUAUAAGUGAUCUGUGGAAAAUAGCAAAGGAUGAAAAAAUAUUGAUCAUGAGUAAGCUGAAGUAGAAAGUAGCUUGAUAUAUUAAUGUGAGACAAAGCAGACUUUCAGGAAAAAAAAAAAGUAUUAUUUCCACCAGAAGAUAAAUGGUUUGUGUGUAUCUAAUAAAACACCUUCACAAUAUAUGAAGCAUAGCUAGACAGAACUAAGAGAUAAACACACAAUACUGGCAGAUUUUUAACUUAACUCCUCACUAACUGAUAGAAUCGAAAAAAAUAUAUAUUAAGGAAAUAGAUGAUUGGAAUUAAAAUUAUUACUGUCAUACCCACUAGGAUGACUAUUAUCAAGCAAAUGGAAAAUAUUCAUCUUAAAAUUAAUAUGGAAUCCAAGGGAUUCAAGGGAAUCCCUGAAUAGCCAAGUCAAUCUUGAGAAAGUGUAACAAACUAGAGGUUUCACAUUGCUGGUUUCAAAACAUGUUACAGAGCUACAGAAUCAAAACAGUAUAUCACUGACCUAAAGGCAUACAUAUAAAUCAAUGGAAUAGAGAGCCCCCCAAAACCCUCAUAUAAAUGGUCAGAUGAUUUUCAAGAAAGAUGCCAAGACCAUUCAAUGUGGAAAUGGCAGUUUUUUCAGCCAUUGGUGUUGAAAACAAUGAAGUUGGACCCUUACCUCACACCAUAUACAAAAAUUAAGUAAAAAUGGAUCGAAAACUUAAAUGUAAGAGCUAACACUAUAUAGUCUUAGAGAAAAACAGGAGAAACCUUCAUGGCAUUGGAUUUGGCAAUGAGUUUUUUAUAUGACCACAAAAAGCACAGGCAACAAAAGAAAACAUAGAUAGUGAAGGUCUCUAAAUCACUAACAAAACACAAAAAAAUCAUCUAGUGAUUCCAAUAUUGGAAAAAUACUGUGAUAUUUACUUUGAAUUUCAUUAGAACUGUGUAAAUACAUAACUGAGGAGUAAAAAAUGUAACUUUGGCUUCAAAACUAAAAUCACGCCUAUGCUUAAAUAAUGUAGGCAGUAAAUGACAUGGGAAAUGUUCAUAAUGUAUUGGUAAGAAAGCAAAUUGCCAAGUUCUGUUCAGGAUUACAGGCUGAUUUAUUUAUGUCUUUUCCUUCCAUUAAGAUUACAAUAAAAAAAUAAGAAUAUACACAUAACAGAAAAAGAAAAGGUUGGGGAGUCAUCAAUGGAUAAAAGAUUUCAACAAAUAUUCUGAAAGAAAUGAGGUAUGAACAUGUUACCAAAGGAAUGAACACCAAGAAGCUUCAGCACAGAAUAUAUUGGAGAAGAGUCCACAGUGGAAAUGGGAAUUAAUCUUCCCAGAAAGAUAAUGGCGAGGCUAUGAGGGCCCUAAAUGUAAGGUGGAGGAUGAAUAUGGGAAUUUUGCAAGUCUUUUAUGAAACUAAUGUGCCUCCUUGUCUUCUCCAUUUCAUCGUGCAGAAAGGUGGCCCAAAGUUUUCUCCGAGGCCAAAAGAAGAAAAGACCCACCCACUCUGAAGAAAUUGAGAAUUGGACAAACUGAGAAAAACCUUUAGUUUGUUCCCCUUCAGGAUUAAAUGCAUUUAUGGAAAAAGAAAAAUUGGAUGGUAAUAGAAUACUGUAAUGCUGCAAUGGAUUCCUCAGCGGAAAACAGUAUGUACGUAAACAAAUUGUGGGUUCAGUGUGAGUAUGAAAGCUGUUUGAAGUGGAGAUUGUUGUCAAGUGAGGAUGCAGCCAGAGUUGAUCACAAUAAACCAUGGUACUGCUUCAUGAACACUGAUUCAAGAUACAAUAAGUGCUCUGUUGCUGAAGAAGACUUUCCUGAAGAGUCUCAGCUUCAUCAAAGUGGAUUUAAGAUUGUCUAUUCACAACUCCCUCUUGGAAGUCUGGUUUUGGUAAAAUUACAGAGUUGGCCAAGCUGGCCAGGGAUACUUUGCCCAGAUCCUUUUAAAGGGAAAUAUGUGACCUAUGACCUGGAUGGAAAUGUUGAACAGUAUCACAUAGAAUUCCUGGGUGAUCCCCAUUCAAGAUCAUGGAUAAAUGCAACAUUUGUUGGACAUUAUAGUAUCACAUUAAAGCUAGGAACAUGUACGAAGAAAAAGAAAUGGUAUAAAAGUGCACUACAAGAAGCAUACCUUCUCUAUGGACAUUCUCACAAGCGAAGACUGGAAGUGUGCCGCCUAUCCAAACAGGAUAAAUCCAAAGCAGAUGGCAAAGUUGCUGUGGUAGCCAAGAAAAGGAUGCAAGUUUCCAGAAACACUACUGGCAAAAAGAAACCAAAAUUUAGAAGAAGGAUAAGGAAACCUAUUUUAAAAUGCUCUUUCGAAAAUGUUUGUUCAGAUGACGCCAUGUCAAAGGAAAAUGUGGAAGUUUUACUAAAAGAGCUGGAGCAAAUGCUGCAGCAGGCACUAGAGCCCACAGGAGCGCCUGAUGAGUCUGAAGAGGAGCGUGGAGAAGAAGUGAAUGCAGGAGAAAAGUUAUCUGAAUGCAGCCCUGAAGUUCCUGCAGGCGGUCCAUUUGAAAACCACUAUGCAGAAGACUGUCUUGUAAUUGAUGGGAUAAAAUUAAAAGCUGGAGAAUGUAUUGAAAAUAUAACUAACAAGUUUAAAGAAAUAGAUGCUCUAAUGUCUGAAUUUUAAGGUAUUAUUGAUAUUUUCAAAAGUUAAUUAUAAAAAGUUACAUGUUUAUAUUUUUCCAAAGUCAAAAACUUGAAAACAUGUAGGGAGAUAGGUAUAUGUUAUACCAAAGCUGCUAUUUGUAACAACUUCCUGUUUUAUGCUUUUAGAAUAUCCAUUGUUUUGAGAGCCAAUCAAAUGGUCUUCAAGUUAGUGUUAAGAUUUAAGAUUUAAAAAAACAAUUCAGCAUUUAAGAAACCCUGAUAUUUGUAUUUAUAGAUUUUUUUUCUUGUUUGCCUUAAUUUUAAAAUGGUUUAUGAAACUUACUGUGCAAACACGUGCUUUACAAUGAUUAUUUAGGCCCUUUAUUCAAAUGUGGCUAUUUAGAUGGCUGUCAAGGCUAUUAUAAUUCUUCCAUAUAAUUCAAGCAUAGUAGAGAUUGAGUAUGUGUAUUGGUAGUGGAAUUAAGCUACUAUAAAAUAAAAGGAAAUAAUAAAAAAAA